UUGCGUAAAUCGUUUUACAGGCGGUAUCGGUAUUGGUGAGCGCGUACACGUUGGUCGCGAUCAGUAUAGACCGAUACAUAGCUAUUAUGUGGCCUCUGAAACCAAGGUUGAGUAAACGGCAAGCCCAGCUUCUAAUUCUCGCAGUUUGGAUACUCGCUAUGGUGAUAUCGCUACCAAUCGCCGUGGUUUCAAAACUCUCUCAACCAUCAACGCAGUACGAGAGAUGUAACCAGUACAUUUGUGAGGAGGUUUGGCCGUCGUUGGAGAACAAAUAUUAUUACUCGAUCGCGUUAUUGGUUCUCCAGUACAUGGUACCGAUAACCGUCCUGGUAUUCACGUACACCAGCAUCGCGGUUAUGGUGUGGGGCAAGAGACCGCCGGGAGAAGCUGAAAACGUCAGGGACCAGAGAAUGGCGCGAUCAAAGAGGAAGAUGGUGAAAAUGAUGAUGACAGUAGUGAUUGUCUUUACUAUCUGUUGGCUUCCGUUCAAUAUAUUAAUCUUAUUAAUGGAUAACAACGAGACCCUCGGUAGUUGGGUUGGACUCCCCUUUGUGUGGAUGUUGCUUCAUUGGUUGGCCAUGUCGCAUUCCUGCUACAAUCCAGUAAUUUACUGUUGGAUGAACGCGAGAUUCCGAACCGGGUUCAUAACUGCGAUCUCCUGCUUACCCGGAGUACACAGACUACUUCGCCGAAACAGACAACGUAACAAUUAUCAUGCUAGUACGAUGGGUAUUCCUUUGACAGGCAUCAAUGGUUCGGGCCACUCUGUCCUCCGACGCAUGAACACAUGCACGACCUACAUCAGUGUUCGUCGUAAAGCGAAUGGGAAUCACUCUGCACCAGUAAGGAGCGCCAGCAUCCGGAACGAGUGCUUCCGACCAGCCGUUCUACAAUCGCAACGGCAAUUCCCUUACCUUGAAUCCCAUUCCGAAGAACAAUUGUGAUUUUGUAAUUACAUUAAAUCUCGUUGCGUGUUAAAGAAAUAAAUGUGUGAAGAAGUAAAAUGUUUUAGAAUGUUAUAAACGAUGCAGAGGUUCGUGUAAAAAUAAGUUGUGAUCAAAUUAGGAAGCGGACAUUACUGUGAAUUAAAUUUUCGUCUAAGAAUACAACGACAAAACCAUGAAUUGUGUAUGACUCUAUGUAAAUCUCUAAAGAACAUUAAAAUGUAAAUGUGUUUUUGUUAA